AUGUUUUUUAGAACUUUGUGUUUUUUGAUGUGCAUUGUGAUUGCUUUGGGAUAUGGACAUGUUGUAACGAAACAGAAUGCAGUUCCAGGUUCUUACUACUGUCCUGACAACGAAGUUUUCACAGGAUGUCGACCUUGUGACUCAUCAUGUGAUGUCCCUAAUAGGGUCUGUACUGAUGUUUGUUAUCCUGGUUACUUCUGCAAAUGCAUUGAUGGAUAUGUCAGGAAUUAUGAUGGUCAAUGUGUUCCUUGGGAAUAUUGUUGCAUUGUUAAAUGUUAUAAUGGCUGGCCGUAA